AUGGAUCGUCUACCAAAUAACACAACUGCGACUUCGGGUUCGUACAAUAUUGUUGAGACUGAUGAAGAAUCACAAAAUAUCUUUAAGUUAACGACGGAUCAGUUCGAAUUUCUAGACCUGGUGGCUAACACUGUACAUUCUGCGGCUAUGCUCAGGAAUUCGAACAUGACGCCAAGACAAAUGAGCGUGACGGAAUCUAAUAAUACAGACAUCUGGAAGUUGAGAGGUGAAGACGCUAAAGUAAUACAACAGCUGUCCACGGACUGUUUACAGAGUGAUCUCGUAAAGUCAAAAAGACAACCAGUUCUGCACCUGCGAGUAGCAAAGAGACUUAAUCAUAACGCGAAGUUUGCAACACUCGGGUUGUCAGAAGUACUGGCCAAAGCUCUGCGUGCGGCGGCCAUGCGCAGAUCGUUGAACCAUGACGUCAUACUUGUGCAUUUUCCUCGACGUAUCACUCCAGAUGUAAUCGGAGAAAGCCCUUUUGGAAACGUUGCGAUAACGGACCAUAGUACGGCAGUUUUCCGGCAGCCGACCACUGUAGAACUCGUAUCGGACUUACAACAGACGUCCACGGACUGUGUGCAGACUGCAGAUAUUGUAAUUCUGGAUAUCCAAAAUGCAGUGCCGCCUGCAGUGAUUUGUCUACGACAAACCAAUGACGAUAUUAUUGUGAUCGACGAAAUUAAUGUUGAAGAUGAUCGGCCAGAAGCAAAAACAGCUGUUCGACGUCGUAGGCCGACCCUAUCGGCAUUAGGGAGAAGACUCCUUAAAGUCGGUAGGAUGUUAUGUUGCUGGUGCAGCGUAGUACCGUCCAAGGAUACGAAAUAG